ACAUUUGGUUAAAAUACCAGGCCAUGCCGUUGGCGGAGCAACCUGCUACUAUUUGUGAAAGGAAAGGUUUAUUUUUCUUACGGGUUGGGUAGUCACCGAAAAUUUAAGGCAACGGGUGGGUACCGUGGACCAGCCCGGGCGUCUCAAACGAAAACCACCAUAAAUCAUGCUUGGACCUGCUGCAAUGGAAGUAAACAGGGAUGAGGCAGAACGCUGCAUUGACAUUGCAAUCACUGCCUUAACAAAUAACCAACCUAAAAAAGCCCAGCGAUUUCUAGAGAAGGGACAGAGACUUUUUCCGACUGAAAAGGCUAACGCAUUGCUGGAGUUGAUUGCAAAGAAUGGAUUUGCCCCAAGCGAAAGUAACCUCUCAGGAGCUAGUGAAAGCACAGGUACUCGUCACUCAAAGCUUGGGGAAGGUGGGAGGACAUCUCAAGAAGAAAAGGCUUCACAUACCCCUUCAUAUACUUCAGACCAAAUGGAUGCAGUCAAGAGAAUAAAACUAUGUAAUGACUUUUAUGAAAUUCUUGGAGUUAAAAAAGAUGCCUCUGAAGAUGAUCUGAAGAAGUCAUACAGAAAACUUGCAUUAAAAUUCCAUCCAGACAAAAACCAAGCACCUGGUGCAACAGAGGCAUUUAAAGCCAUUGGAAAUGCAUAUGCUGUUCUGAGUCAUUCUGACAAAAGGAGACAGUAUGAUCAGUGUGGAGAGGAAAGAAAGAAUCUGUCGAGACAAGGGCAAACCAAUGGGAACUUUGAGGCAGAUAUUUCACCCGAGGAUCUCUUUAAUAUGUUCUUUGGUGGUGGCUUCCCAUCAAGUAAUGCCAAUGUAUACAGCAACGGAAGAAUGCGCUUUCAGAGACCAGAGAGAAGAGAGCGACAGAGAGAUGGAGGCUUUGCACUCUUCAUCCAGGUUAUGCCUAUCCUCAUCCUGGUCAUUGUGUCAGCCCUCAGUCAGAUAAUGGUCUCCAGUCCCAUCUACAGUCUCAGCUUUCGACCGUCAGUAGGUCACACACACAAGAGGCUGACUGAGACCCUCAGGGUGCCCUAUUACGUGGGCGAUCACUUUACCAGGGACAACAAGGGAAUUAAUUUGAAGAACGUGGAGAGGAAUGUGGAAGAUGAAUAUAUCUCCAACCUCCGAAACAACUGCUGGAAGGAGAAACAACAGAAAGAGGGCUUGCUCUACAGAGCACGAUAUUUUGGAGACAACGAGGUGUACCUUAGAGCACAGAAGAUGGGCACACCAAGUUGCUCAAGAUUAUCUGAGAUCACGACUUCCUUACAUGGUUAAAGUAUGUCCUAUUGUAAGCAUAGGUAAGCUCCCUAAACAGUUUGCCUCUGAUCUUGUCCUCAUGUCUUGCAUCCCAAAAUGUAAUGUGAACAGCAAUGUUUCCACAAAAAUAUUUUCCUUUUCACAGAAUUUAAUAAACAAUAGCUUCACUAGCUGUAAAUAGAAACGCUUUACCAAAUUCACAACAAUGCAGAUGACAUAAAAAAAACUAUAGACAAAUCUCAAUUCUUGAGAUUGUAGAGAAGAGGGUAAGAUGCAGAGGAGAGUUGUUGAAAGGAAAUGACACCCUGAUACAGACCAAACACUUUAAAUAAGUCAUCUGAAUGGCAAAGGUAACUCCAGAUUCUGAGGAAUUGGGCUCUAUUUAGAAAAUCACUGUUGUUAACUUUUGAUUUUAACUGGAGUAGAUGAAAAAAGGUUACAAAUAAUCUGGAAACUCUAUAAAACUGGUAAUAUGGAGUGUGACCAUUAUCAUAAAUUAGCAAUUGAUAAACUGAGAAUGCUUUAUAUUUAUUUAUUGGAUCAUAUCAGUGAAGAUGCAGACUCAUUGAAGCUGAGAACUGUUUGCUGAUACAACUUAUUGUGUACAUUAUAUUUGUAACUAUGCAGGGAUUUACUGUACAUAAACUCAUGAGGCAUAUACCUCUUUUGGCUUGCACAGAUAAUUUUUGAUUUGUCUAUUGAAAGUAUGUGAACAUGCAAGAGAAGAGUGUUUAUUGUAGGAUUCUAUUUAAUAUGUUUUUUUGUUUUUAUUAUGAAAAAUGAAUACAGUUUAAUUACAACACUAGUAAGUAAGUAGUUUUUGUCCAAAAUGUAUACUAUGUUUUUACUCUUAAGUGAUCAAAUAAACAUCGUAAAUGCUG